AUGUUUUCAUAUUUAUCGUCCACAACAAUACUGCUUUGUAUCCUAAUAUCAUACAAUUCAGUACACGGUUGGGGUAGUGACGGUCAUGCUUUAGUUGCUUCGAUAGCUCAAACAUUUCUAACUGAUGAGUCAUCAACAUUCGUUCGUAAUCACUUGCCAUGGUAUACAUCCGGAAACAUCAGUAUGUUAUCGUCGUGGCCUGAUUUUAUACUCUAUCCGGAUACAAAUCCUGUUGAUUAUCUUAACUGGCAAUGGUCGAAGCAAUUGCACUUUGUUGAUACCAAAGAUUGGGCUUGCGUUUAUGAUCGAGAAGCAGAUUGCAAUUGGUCAAGUGGACAGCAAUGUGUGGAUGGUUCAAUUCAAAAUUACACGAAGCGAUUAGCAGAUUCCCAACAAGAUGAUGUACAACGUCAAGAAGCAUUGAAAUUUCUUGUUCAUUUCAUUGGAGAUGCACACCAACCAUUACAUGCCGGUUUUCAAGGAGAUCGAGGUGGUAAUAGCAUUCGAGGUCAUUUUUUCAGCAAACAGACGAAUCUUCAUUCACUUUGGGAUACAGUUAUGAUCGAACGUCGUAUAACACAAGAUUUUCAUUCUCAACCAGCGUUAUAUCUUGAAUAUUUACUUAAACAAAUGAAAACCCAAUAUGCACAAAAUAUAUCCGAUUGGACGAACUGUUCUUCAUCUGAUGAAUCACGUUAUCUUGCUUGUGCAACCUUAUGGAUUGCUGAAGAUGCCAAACUCAACUGUGAUCUCGUCUACCGAGAUGAAAACAAUCAACCAAUGAGCGUAUCAAAAGAAUUCGAGCUCGGUCAAACAUAUUACAAUACACGAAUGCCUAUUGUUGAACAACGAUUGAUUCAAGGUGGAGUGAGACUGGGAGCCGUUAUCAAUAAAAUUGUCCAAACGGUCGGGGUGAAUAACAAAUCAAAGAAAUUUAGUUUUGGAGCGACAGCACUUAUUGUUGCUAUCGUCAGUCAAAUUCUUCUACUUAUUUUAUUAUUAAACUAUCGUUUCAUAAGUAAGAAGGAAUCAACACCUAAACGAUCAUCUGCGAACCAACAACAGAGUAAAUCGUUUUCAACUGUUUAG